AGGGUACAAUGUGCAAAGGUGUGACUCCAUCGGUAUGAGUGUGUGAGUGUAAAUGCAUGUGUGUGAUUGAACAAACAUAUCAGAGAAAUAUCUUGCGCAUAAUUUCUUGCUUCCUGCAGCUUUGUUGCUUCUCCAUCCUCAUUAUUUUUUGCUUUUCCACUAUUGCAUUUGCUUUUACAUAGAUCGUUGUUGGACUAGAGUAUCAACCAAGUGAUGGUUGACAAUGGCUGUACUUUGUGUGUUGCCAGCUACAUUGCAAAAGCAAGUAGCACUUGUCACACUUGUGCGGAAUAUUAUUGUGCAGUCCCAAGAACGGUGACUUGUAUGGUUGCUUUCUGAACCAGUAGUGAUUUUUUUUCCCCUGACACAACUCACAUACUGUAUAUUGCAAUAGGAGUUCAAUAAUAUUUGUGUACCCUUACUUUUCGUCAUCUAAAAUCAUGCAACUCAUGCCUUCAUUUCAGUUGUGCAGGUAAGCGUAGCUGCUGUGACCUCCUUGUUGCACUGCAACGUGUGUUUGGAGAGCUUCUGCUUCUGUGUGCACAAGGCCUUGGCUUGGCUGUUGUUGCCCAGCUUUUGUGGAUGCUGCUUUUAGUCUCUGACUCUAGACUCUGCGCAAAACUGUACAGUGUCCUCCAAACUCGCAGCACAACCCGAAGAAAGUACCAGAAUGGAGACCUGUGUGUAUGCAACAAACGAGGCAGAAGAGGAAGACAAAGAGCAUACUGUCUUAGAGAUCAAAUCAAUUCCAGAAUGUGGUGCUGAGUUAAAAGAUAUGUUUGUGGGGUCGGGCUCAAAAACCUACUUUGAGUUGGUCACAACAUCAGAAACAGAGGCAAGUGCAAGUGAACAGAAGUACUUCAAUUCAAGUGAAUUCUCACCAGGAUGGGAAGCGAAGGGACAGAACUCAAGAACCUUUUCUGAAAGCUUGUGUCCAGUCAGUGGAAGUUUCGACAAAUUUAUGGAGAGAUGCUCCUCUGUGAUGCCUUCAUAUGCCUCAAUCCCAACGUUACCUGAGAAAGAAACAUCUUUACCCUCUCAUGAGCAAUCAAGCACUGGCUGUGAAACAUUGGACCUGGCAGGCGUCCUCCCUCCUCCCUCCCUGCAGAAGAAAGAGCAUGACAACAUAAGUCCAAUAGUAGCUGCUCUGGUGGGGAGAUCUCUGGCCAAGCUCACCCUUGGGGAGCAGACUUUAAUACUGAUGGGUGAAGAAAGACAGCUGGAGGACCUGGGCUACAGUGUCUUUAAUGAGUACUCUGGGCCAAUGCCUUCACCUGCUGACAAACCCAGUCCUGAUGACUGUUCUUACCCUGGUUUCACUACUAUGGCGUUCCAAGUGGACAAGCCUGGAGCUGCUGAAGUUGAAGAUGAUCAAAAAUUACAAGAUAAUAAAGUUUCUAAUCAUGGAACAUCACAAAAAUCACCUUCACUGGCUAAGGGACUGGAAAAGGCUGUGACGAGUAUAAUGAAACCGGAUUGCCUCAGAAUCCCAUUGACCAGUCCAAAAGACAGACUGAUUCGUUUGGGGAGCGGUUUACCUGGUGACAUAAAAAUCCCAGCAAUUCCCGAAGUAGACAUUGAAAAAGACCCCUCAAGAGAGGCCUCUCCUGUCCCACCAGACAGUGACUUUGUAUUUACAUCUACAGAAAUUGAAAGUGAGGUCCACCUCACUCUCACCUCGCCCAAAAGCCCAGACAAUACCUCCCAAGAAACACAUCUUUCUGGAGAGAAGACAAGGGAUAUCUCGGGUGAUACUGUAACAAAAAUCAAGCCUAGUGGGAUUACUAUGGAACAGAUAGAGAAACCUGAGCAUGAAAAAGAUUGCAAGAAGUUGCUCAGUGAUCCCAGGACACCUGCAAGGUCAGAAACAAGAGAAAAGAAAGAGAUCCCUAAAGCCCUUAAGCCCUCUGAUGAAAUGAGUACACUCUACUUACAGGAAGGCUCACCAAAGUCACAAUUUCCCUUUCCAGUCAUAAUUAUACCUCAAGCACAAGAAGCAGAAGACGAUGAUAGAGAGGUUGUUGGAGAGAUCAUUUGUGAUGCCUACAUGCACGUGCUCCCCAAAGUGGAUCAGGGUGCGCCAGAAGUGGUGGAAGUGGGUCAGUCGGCCGCGGCAAAGGAAAGCAUCAGUUUUGGGCAACCUAAGAGCGAUUUUUGCAGCCCCUAUGCCUGCUCUGAUGAUGAGUCACUGCAACAGCAACAAACUAGUAACAAGGAGGAGAUGGUUGACCCAGAUGAUACAACUGAAGUGAAAGAGGAGAAGAAGAUGGGAAUGCAGGACAGAACCUCUUUAGACUUAGGUCAGAAGGUAGAAGACAGCAGUCAACCCGCUAAUGAUGAAGCUACGGUGAAAAUUUCCAUCUGUGACACAGACAGUAGCUGGACUGAUUCAAAAGAUGAUGACAAAACUAUCAUGACAAAGCAAAUCGUAGCUCUUCCGCCAAUCCAGUGUGCCACUCAGGACAUAAUCGGGAUGGACACACCCUCUAAGCGAGUCCCUGGCAGAGGAAGUAAAGUGACUCGCAAAAGUCCCAGCUUUCGCCCAAAAGAGGAGAUGAAGAAGAAAAAAGUAGGCGUCAUGCGGAGGGCGGACCAGAAUAAGGUCUCAGCCUUCCAGAGUCGAAAAAGCGUAGCCAAGGCGGUGGCCAGACAUCCUCGGCCAGCUGUGCUUCACGGUUCUGCGAGACGCAAAGCCGCAGGUGUCGAAAGCUCUCAGCCUUUAAGUGUCCACCAGUCCAGGGAGAGACCUACUCCUUUGUCCUUGCAUCUGUCUCGAGAGAGAAAAUCUAGCCCCACACGGCCUGUUCUGUUAAAAGUGGCAUUGCAGAGCCGCGGUUCUGAUCAGGAACCCCCACGGCCUGACUCUGCAUGUAGCCUUAAACGGAGCCCCCAGGUGGAGGCGGUUCUCAGUGAGGCCCGGCCCUCCACUGCAUGCUCCCGCCCUCUCCCUCUGAAAAAUACACAGGUAGAGAAGGAGAGAGCAUACCGUAGUCCGGAGAAGAGGUCAUCUCUUCCCAGGCCGUCCAAGUCACUGACCCGCCACCUUCCUGCAGCUGAACAAGAAGACAACUGCACCCCCUCCAGGCCAACCUCUAUCAGCUCUGAGGCCAAAGUCGACUGCAGGUCUGGGAGGGGCCCUACUAUGGCAGGCACAGACUCUGGACGUUCCUGGUCGGCUCGCAGCGGAACCUCUACCCCUGGAUCCUCUGCUGUCACACCUGGCACGCCCCCAAGCUACUCCCGCACGCCCGGCUCACGCACCCCUGGCAGCCACACGCCCAAGUCCUUCAGCGUUCUCCAGGAGAAGAAGGUUGCGAUAAUCCGCACCCCGCCCAAGUCGCCGUCCUCAGCCCAGCGGCAGUUGAAGGUUCUCAACCAACCCUUGCCUGACCUAAAAAAUGUCAAGUCAAAGAUUGGCUCCACCGCCAAUCUUAAACACCAACCCAAAGGCGGACAGGUGCAAAUUUUAAACGAGAAGCUGGACUUCAGUCAUGUUGAGUCAAAGUGCGGCUCCAAGGAUAAUCUGAAACACACGUCCAAAGGAGGCAAUGUCAUGAUUCCAAGUGUUAAAUUGGACUAUAGCCACGUCCAGGCUAAAUGCGGCUCCCUGAACAAAAUCCAGCAUGCCCCAGGCGGAGGAAACGUCCAAAUCCAGACCAACAAAAUCGAUUUAAGCCAUAUCACUUCUAAAUGUGGCUCCAUGUCUAACAUCAACCACAGGCCAGGCGGAGGCAACAUUCGGAUCGAGAAUGUGAAGCUGGACUUUAAAGACAAAGCUCAAUCCAAGGUCCGCUCACUGGACAACACCAGCCACAUGCCAGGAGGCGGGAAUGUGAUGAUCGAAAGCCACAAGCUGAGCUUCCGUGAGUCCGCCAAAGCUCGGGUAGACCACGGCGCAGAAAUUGUCGUCACCCAAUCCCCCGGGCUGGAGAUGGGAAGCACCUCACCUCACAUGUCCUCCGCCGGCAGCAUGAAUCUUUUGGAGUCGCCACAGCUUUCUACACUGGCCCAAGAUGUCACGGCCGCACUGGCCAAGCAGGGCUUAUGAGCCGCUCGCUUUGGGUCAUCCCUCCUCCCUAACAGUUUAAUUCAGUCAAAAGCAUCAAGUGUUCUCUCGCAGCCCAUUCCAGACCCUCCACCCCUGCAGUUCUGCUUUCCAGAGGGAUGUAAAAAAAAAAGAGAAUUCUCCAAUUAUUAAUCCACUCCGUAUUCAAGUUACUGUCUUCAUCCUUCAUUGGACUUUUGUGUACUUGUGCAGAAGACGGCGUGUCUGCUAUAAGAUUGUACAGUGUUUUUUUUUGGGUUUUUUUUAAGCAUUGCGGCAUUGCUCUUGCAUGGGGACCACUCUUGAAGUAAACUCAAUUUGCAGCAACUUGGAAAACUGUUUGAAACUGUGAUAAAAAUAACUACUAGCUUCUAAUGUUGGGGGUCUGAUGAGCAUGUCUGUUAAAAGAAAUGUGGCAUUUAAAGAAAAAUGAUGGUUUGUAGUGGUUUUAUGAUAUGUGAUAAUGACCUGGUGGAAAAUGUGUGUGUUUUUAUAUUUCACUGUCGUUUUGUACGUUGGCUAUGGCUGCAGUCCUCCAAUAGAGUUAUUUUAUUUCCUGUAAAUGAAUCAUUGUUUCUGUGUUUCUAAAUGACCAUAGUUCUUGAGUAUUCAAAAGGUCUUUUGGGAGGAAUGUGAGUUUAAAGGCCCCUCGUAUCCCUGUGGCCUUUCCUCUGCUACAGAGAGAAAGGAAAAAUGAAACGUGCUCUUGUGUAAACAAACAUUCCAUUUAAAGAGUGUGAAUGUGAGUGAACCAGUCUGUUUUAGAGAAAUGAAGGAUGCAUGGUACUCUUGACUUGCGGCUGUAAGGCUUAAUUCAGAACUGUUCUAGUGUGUUCUCCGCUCACUGUCGUGAAUGUCCCACCCUGAUGUCUGGCACCUCUCCUCCAGUGUUUAUCUCCACCUGUGUACGUGUAUUUAAAAUAUCAUGUUGUUUGCAAUGUUGUCAUGGGUAAAUGCUCACGUGGAAAACCAAUUGCAAGGGAAAUAAAGAACACUGAAAGUAGUUCACGCUUA